AUGGCCGCGAGCAAUGACGCCGGCGUGGUGGUCGUCUUCGACUUCGACAAGACCAUCAUCGACUGCGACAGCGACAACUGGGUCGUCGACGCCCUCGGCGCCACCCAGCGGUUUGACGAGCUCCUGCUCCACCUCCCAUGGAACUCGGCCAUCGACGCCAUGAUGGGCGAGUUGCACUCGCAAGGCAAAACGAUCGACGAGAUCGCGGGCAGCAUCAGGACGGCGCCUCUGUCCCAUCAUGUCGUGGCGGCCAUCAAGGCCGCGCAGGCUCUCGGCUGCGAGCUGCGUAUCCUCAGCGACGCCAACGCGUUUUUCAUCCACACCGUCCUUGCGCACCACGGCCUGGCCGGCUACUUCUCGGAGAUCAGCACCAACCCGGCCAGCGUCGACGCCGGCGGCCGCCUCAGGAUCACCCCGCACCACGACUUCCGUCAUGGCUCCUGCAGCAGCCACGGCUGCGCCCUCGCCACCUGCCCUCCCAACAUGUGCAAGAUUUUUGUGUGCAAAAAUCAGGGCAAGGUGAUGGAGGGGAUGCUGCAAGAACUGUCGGCGGCGGCGGCGGCAGGGAUGAGGAGGCCGAGUAGAGUGGUGUACCUCGGCGAUGGUAGGGGCGACUACUGCCCCACCCUAAAGCUGGCCGAGCGGGACUACAUGAUGCCCAGGAAGGGCUACCCCGUGUGGGACCUCAUUGCCGGCGACCGGCGGGCCGUCCGCGCAGGCGUGCGCGGGUGGGCCGACUUCAAGGACCUGGAGACGGUGCUGCUUGACAUCAUACACGAAUGCGCCGCGGCCGCCAUGGUGGAACAAGACGGCGGCGAUCAGGUGGUGGUGGGCAUGGUGGUGCCAGAGUGCCGUGCCCUUUCGGCUCCCAAGAUGGCGAUGGCAGUUCUCCCCAAAGCAAUUCAUGCGCCCAACUGA